AUGAAGAAGAAGGCAUGCAAACAAGUUGGGAUAUCCAGCUUUGGUUACGAUUACGGCGAAAAUGUGACGGAAGAAGAAUUGCUUUGCAAGAUAUCUGAAUUGAAUGCUCGUGACGACGUGCACGGUAUCCUUGUACAACUGCCGCUUCCUAGGCAUUUAGAUGAGCACACCAUUCUCGAACACGUAAGCCCGGAAAAAGAUGUCGAUGGAUUACAUUCCGCCAAUGUGGCUAGUCUUGCGAUGCAAGGAACGCAUGGGGAUCGAUCUGAAAAGUGGUCCGACUUGUCCAACUUGCCAUUCUCGGUGCCUUGCACGCCUCUCGGGUGUUUAGAGCUCCUAGAUCGGUCAGACGUGGACAUUGCCGGCAAGCACGCUGUAGUUAUCGGGCGAUCAAACAUGGUGGGAUUACCAGUAUCAUUACUUUUGCUUCAUCGUGAGGCAACAGUUACCAUCGUGCAUUCGGGAACUCAAAGAAUCGAAGAGCAAGUGUCACAGGGCGACAUUGUGAUUGCUGCUGCAGGCAAGGCGCAUCUUGUUCAACCAAAUUGGCUCAAAGAGGGCGCUGUUGUUGUUGAUGUCGGGAUUAAUAGUGUUGACCUUCCGCUUGAAGAAAUCACGGAAGGCGGAAAAGCAUAUAAACUGGUCGGUGAUGUCAAUUUUGAUGCUGUUCGUGAGAAGUGUUCCAAAAUAACGCCAGUCCCUGGAGGUGUCGGUCCCAUGACAAUUGCCAUGCUACUUAGAAAUACUCUCAGCGCAUGCAAACGAUCCACCAGAUCAUAA